AGAGCCUGGGUGUGAGGACUGCUCAGGACCAGAAACUGGGCAAAGGGUCUUGGCUUUUGAUGCAGUGGCUGUCCUUGGGGAGGGCCAUAUCCUCGGGUGAGGCAGUUCCAUUUGGCUGAGUUAAGUUCCUGGGGAGGAGGAAAUUCAGCUGUGCCAUCAGCAGGCUACCCCCAACCCUACCCCCAGCCACUGAAAGAAAUGGGUGCCUUGAUCCUGAAGGGGAGAGCUGAUGGCACAACGCAGCAUCCAUUAUACGUGCGUUGGACCCUUCCCACGUGUCGAAUACUUGCUUGGUGCCUCGCCGUCUCAACACCCAGUUUCCAUCUCCAAUCCAAGAUGGCAGCUCGGUCAGUGGGAGGGAAAGACCCAGCGGAGCUGAGUAGUGGGGAGACAGAGGAACUACAGCAGAUCAAAUGGCACCGGAGGCAGCUUCUGGAAGACAUCCAGAAGCUGAAGGAUGAGAUCGCAGAUGUGUUUGCCCAGAUUGAUUGCUUCGAGAUCGCGGAGGAGAGCCGGAUGGCCCAGAAAGAGAAGGAGCUAUGCAUUGGGCGUAAGAAGUUCAACAUGGACCCCGUGAAGGGCGUCCAGUAUCUCAUUGAGCACAAACUGCUGACCCCCGACGUCCAGGACAUCGCGCAGUUCCUGUACAAGGGCGAGGGCCUCAACAAGACGGCCAUCGGCACGUACUUGGGGGAGAGGGAUUCCUUCAACCUGCAGGUCCUCCAGGCCUUCGUGGACUGCCAUGAGUUUGCCAACCUCAACCUCGUGCAGGCCCUCAGACAGUUCCUGUGGAGCUUCCGGCUGCCCGGCGAGGCCCAGAAGAUCGACCGGAUGAUGGAGACUUUUGCCACCCGCUACUGCCUCUGCAACCCAGGCGUCUUCCAGUCCACAGAUACCUGCUACGUCCUGUCCUUCUCCAUCAUCAUGCUCAACACCAGCCUCCACAACCCCAAUGUCCGGGACAGGCCACCCUUCGAGCGCUUUGUGUCCAUGAACCGUGGCAUCAAUGGCGGCGGUGACCUGCCUGAGGAGCAGCUGCGGAACCUCUUCGACAGCAUCAAGAGCGAGCCCUUCUCCAUCCCCGAGGAUGAUGGCAAUGACCUCACUCAUACCUUCUUCAACCCCGACCGCGAGGGCUGGCUGCUCAAACUGGGGGGCCGCGUGAAGACAUGGAAACGGCGCUGGUUCAUCCUGACGGACAACUGUCUCUACUAUUUCGAGUUCACCACUGACAAGGAGCCACGAGGAAUCAUCCCCCUUGAGAACCUCUCAGUGCAGGAGGUGGACGAUCCCAAGAAGCCAUUCUGCCUGGAGCUUUACAACCCCAGCUGCCGCGGCCAGAAGAUCAAGGCCUGCAAGACCGAUGGCGAGGGCAAGGUGGUGGAGGGCAAGCAUGACUCUUAUCGAAUCUCCGCCUCCAGCGCCGAGGAGCGCGACCAAUGGAUCAAGGCCAUACGAGCCAGCAUCACCCGUGUCCCCUUCUACGACCUGGUGUCUGCUCGGAAGAAGAAGAUUGCCAACAGGCACUGAGCUUCCUGGGAGGCGGUGCCGGGGGACCCCACGACCUGUGGUACCUAGAGACGUACCUCCCCCCCCAGGACACGCUUUCCUGGCCCACGGACAUCCCCCCGGCCCCCAUUACUUUGGGCGAACAGGAGUGGGGGCGGCCGGGCUCGGGGGGGUGGCUGGAAAAGUCCGAGGGCUCAGAGGUGGCACUGAGGCACCCCAGCCCCGGCCACGAAAGGCCCCCGCCCUCCGCCCCAGGUCACUGCAGCAGGGAACGAGGAAAGCAGCCAAAGAGAAAAACCAGCCCCAGCACCCGUCACCCUGUCCUCCCCGUGGGCCUCAGUUUCCGCUUCUGUUAAACAUCUCCUGUCCUUGAAAUGCCGUCGGCCCUCGAAGGAGGAGGAGCGGUAUGACUCCUGAGUGCCCCCUGCCCUUGGCCAUGGCAGCGCCUCUUCCUCCUCAGGGGCUUCUCAGCCAGCCCCUCCCCCGUCUCCGGCUGUGGCUUGGCCGUCCCUGCCGGAGAGACACACACCGCUCAGAUCCACAGACAGGAGAUGCCAGGAGCAUAGAAACACGUCGCCCCCUUCUGUCUCUGUGCUGACCGCCCCCCCCCCAGCAAUGACAACAGCCCCGGGGGGCCGACCGGAGCCGUGCACAAGCUCCCACCUUCCUCCUCACGGACUCCUCGGCAGAAGGGCCAGAUUGUACUGGAUCCGCCUAAGGAGCUUCUGGCCCGAGACGUCUGUGCCUGCGUGCGGACUGAGCGGGAGGGGCUCGGACCGAAGGCUACCAGGAAGCCGAGAGCCGCAUGCGCUCCGAUCUCGAGGAUGUCCGUUUUGGAGGCGGGGCAGGUGGGACUCCCCAAGAAAGCGGCAGAGAGCAUCCCAGGCGGGUGUAUCCAAGUAGGGCCGGUGGUACAGUCACAAGAAGCCAAGAAGAGAGAGCUUUGUGAACCGUGGUGACCAGGAGGGCUGCCUGGAGGAGGAGUCCUCAAACCGGCUCCUUCUCAGAAGCUCUUCUCACCCCCUCGCACGGGCCCCGGGGGAGCCCCCGGAGGGAAGGUCCCUGGCAGGAAAGCAGGAGAUAAGAGGGACUCUCUCUGCCCUACCGCCCGCCUGAGCGGGCGAGCCCGAGCAAGGUGGAGUCCGCAGGGGAGGGGAGGCAACCUCUCCUGCCCCCGCCCCCACUGACGCGCGCCCACCUUUCAUGGAGUCGGGAUAGACGAGCUGCCUUGUGAGUGGUGAGAUGCUCGUCUCUGGAGGUGUGUAAGUGCCUGCUAACGACAUGCUCCUGAAGUGGGUGUGGAUCGGGCCCCUGCGGGGGCGGGGGGGGGGGGUAUCUUGGAGGACAUUCGAGGACUUCCGCAGACCCCGGGUCAGGCCGGGAGCUGAAUGCCACCUCGGCCGCCCCAUGCGGGGGGCCAGGGGUCCUGGGCUCCAAGGUCCCCUCCCGCCACCGGCAUUCGCUGGCUGUGUGACCCUGGCCCCCUAGUUCCCUCUCUGGUCCUCAGCCCCCCUCUCUCAUCGUUGAUUUUCCGGGCGUGAGUGGCUGUUCUGGGAAUCACGCAGAAGACAGAAUAAAGCUCACGACGCACUC